AUGAAUGAAAAUUUUGAUGAAGAUACAAAACAACGUCGACGAUAUGUAAGUGAAUCAAAUACAAAUCAUGAUGAAUAUGAUUCAAAUUUACUUGUUACUUCAUUUCUUCAAUAUUUACGUAAUGAAUUAAGAAAAUCAACAAAUGAUAAAACAAAUGAUUUUGAUCAACAUACAAAACAGAAAUCAUCGAAAAGUGCAAUAUCAUCAUCAAUAAAAAUAUCACAAUCGAUUAUAAUGAAUGCUCAAUUAAAAGAUGAAAAUAUAUAUGAAAUAAAUGAUUAUAAUGAAAUAUUAACAUUAAUUAAUUUACUUUGUUUACGUGUUGAAUGUUUAUCAUAUGAAAAAAAAAUAAAAAAACGAAAAAAAAAAACAAAAAAAAAAAAAGAUAAAUAUCCAAGUGUUACUGAAAUUGAUCAAAAUUUAAUUGAAUAUCUUUAUUAUCUUUUUAAAAAAUUUAUUUAUAAUGAUACAAAUAUAUCAAAUGAUUUUAAAACACCAAUUAUUGAUAAAAAUAAUUUUGUUAGUAUUUGUCAAACAUUAGUACGUAAUGGUUGUUUUGAUAUACCAUCAACAACAAUAUCAAAAUCACCAAAUCAAUCAUUUUCAGAAUCAUUAAGUAUAAGUGAUAAUACAUUAAUUUCACAAACAAUUGUACAUGAAUAUUAUCAUCCAGAUACAAGUCAAAUUUUAGAAGAAAAAUCAUUUACAAAUGAACAAAUUUCUUUAAUGACAUUACCUGAAAAAGAUACUUGGCUUGUUGUAGAUAUUGAACCAAUACAAUCUGAAGAAACUUUAAAACCUUCUGAAUAUAUGUGUUCACUACCAAGAUCAACAACAGAUGAACAAUUAUUGAUAACCAAUGAUGUUUAUAAAUCAUGCGAAUCUGGAUCAUCACAUAGCAUUUAUUUAUCACCAAAUUCUUCAUCAAUUGAUUUACCAAAUAUGGUACUAGAAUUCGAUGAAAUAAAUCACCAAUCUAAUACAUCAUUCAAUGAAGAUGGAUCAUCAUUGAAUGUCAUCAGUGAAUCGAAAACAAUAAUAACCAAUGAUUUAUCAAAUGAUGAUAUUCAAUCUUUGUCUAUAACAAGCAAUACCAUUUGCACAAGAUUAACUAAUGAUACUAGUUCGAUUGAAAAUAGUGAACAGAUGACAACAAAUAAUACUGAUAAAAUGUCUCGACGUGAAAAAAAAAUGCACGAACGUUGGUCAACAUCAAAAAAAACUGAUGAAAAUAAUAAUGAACAACCAUCAACAAAAACAAUAUUAGGUAUACAAUUCCCGCCGAUUGCUGUUCUUCGACGAAAAUUUUCAUCAUCAUCAUCGUCAUCGUCAUCAAUAAAUAAACAACAAAAAAAUAAAACUGGUAUAAAUCCAAAUGAAAAAUUAAACGUAAAUACAUUUAUGACAGUGAAGGUUAGUAAAGUUUCAUGA